AUGGCGACGACUGACAUGUCACCACGCCAUGUGCCGUUGCACGAAUACGUGCAUUCCCAUGUACUCACAGAGGACAGUACAUUCGACAUUACGGCUUUGUAUAAGCAAAACUUUAAUGCCCAAGACUAUGUGAAAAAGUUUCUAGGGCCGGAUAGCCCGGAUCAUCCGCCUAGCGAGUCGCCCGGAAAAGCCUCGGUCGACAGCAAGCUGCGUGUAGCACUUAGUCGACUCAAUAUUUCCAUAAAAGAGGUGGACCAGAAAAUCCAUGAAUUGGUGACGCAACACUCUAACGAAUUUCUUGACAGCAUCACUGACAUAUCUGCAUUGCAUGAAAGAGCGCAAAACAUUCACAAAGAUUCAGCUGCACUAAAUAAAAGUGCUCUAAUAGCGCGACAAAUGAUUCAUGAGCCACUUGAGACUAUUCGAAAACAUCAAGAAGAUUUAAAACAAAUGCAUGGGAUGGACGAGCUGAUCACUCGCGUUGAAUCUGUCAUGCAUGUUUUUCAUCGUCUUAUCGGUAUUAUGGACGAUGUUGCUGAAUGUGAUAUUACGGUACAUAUGCAAGAUGCUGCCGUUUUGGACCAACAUGCCACAAAAGUGGUCACAGCUUCACUCUUGCUGGAAGAGUUGGACAGCCUCCUUCCACAUGGCUCCAUCUAUGGGCAUCAAAACGCUCCUAUUGACACGUCCAAAUCAGCACAGGGUGUCUUGGACUUGGACAUCGUGAAACCAUAUGUGUCCCAAAUACAUCCAAUGAAAACAACGCUUCGUGAACAAAUCGAAAACUUGCUCUUAUGUGGACUGCGAAAUCUCUCGCCUAGUUUGCUUGGUGCUGCGCUGCAAGCGGCAUGCUCCCUAGGAUUGUUGAAUACCGUCAUGCAAAAUUUGUUGAACGACUUGACAGACGUACUAACAGAUCGCACCAGUACAACGCUAGAUCUAUUUUCUAUUGGAAAGGAGCUUGGCGAAACACAGCCACCUUUGAUUUCAUCAAGUAAUGGAACUCCCCUGUAUUCUGCUCGCGACAAUAAAAUGAGCGCACAUGACAUGCAGGAGCGCUUACAAAAGUGGUCUACUUUGGUUUGGCAGCGCAUUCGGACUUUGAUUGUGGAUGAAUUAGCACCUAUUUACAUCAAGGUAUACAUGCUAGAGCGCGUUUUGAGCUUGAAGCAGGGCAAGACCUUGAGUGAAACUUAUUUGGGCAUGAUAAGCAAAGAGCUCAAACAGUCACCCACCGAUUUGCUUUGGACUUCAUUUUGCGCCCAUUUAGAAAGCGUAUCGAACAAGUGCAUGCAAGAAUCAGACUUUUGGAAGUAUAUUUUCGUGCGAUCGUUUCCCAAGCUGUUAUCUAUUUUCCAUGAGCUCUUAUCGCGUGUUUCUAUGUUUUCGGAUCAUUCAAAACAGAUACACAAUCCGAUACCCAAACCUAUCCACGAAUAUCUAACAAACCUCUCAAGAGAAUACCUCACAUGCUUCAUCAAGCGCUGUGAGGAAGCUGAGCAACAUAUAUGUUCAUGCGUUACCUCAAGUAAUAAGAAUCCACAGAACAGGGAAAAAGUUGAGCAUUUCAUUGCCAUGUUGCGCGCCGAUAUCGAAGAGUGUGUUUUUGACAGAAUCUUGCUCCAAGAACUCACUCAAACGGCCACAGAUGUAAUAUGCAAAUUUAUCAACCAACUUCGUGCCAUGAUUUGCCAAGACGAAAAUGCUUUUACUCUUACAACGCAACAAUUUACGCUAAGCCAAAGCACCAACGUAUGCGUGGCUCAGAUACUCAAACAAAUUUUUGAAUCUAUGUCUGAGAUGAAUAAGCUCAACUACCUUGAAGUGAAAAGCAUGGCAUCGGAAUCCAUACGUAUGGUUACUCAGACGAUGCAAGAUGCUUUGCGAGGGCCACUUUUACUUUCAUUCGGACUCGAAAUGAGCGCCAUACUUGGUCGGAUUCAUCGAUUGCGUUCGGAAUCAUCAGCUAUCGAUCAACGUCCCGAGGCAAAAGGAACAGAUACGAGUGCAUAUAUGCUGGAAUUUUGCAACAGGACCCGAAACUUACGAACAAAGUUUUUGCCUUCAUACAUUUUGCCAGAUGGACAUUAUCAAUGGACAUUAGAUGUGGCUUCUAAUAUAUUAACUACUUUCGUCAUGCAUGCUUCUCUCUUACGACUAUCUGCCAGCUUUGACAGACAUCAGAUUAUCUCUGAUAUGACCGCACUGGAACUCACACUUUCGCAGUUCUUGUCCGACACAAGUCGAUUCUUGAGUUGUAAGUCAUUGACAUUGCAUGAUUGUGAUGUUCCUUUUCAAGUCGCUCGCAGCUUUCGGACAUUGUUAUUUGAGCCGACCGCCGCCUGGAAGCAACCUGCGAACUUUUGUCGUAAAUGGCACCUACCCAAAGUGAUCAUCGUCCAGCACCUUUUGUCCAGAUCUUCUACUCUUCCGCUCGCUAAUGAUAUUCGUGGUAUGGGAAAACAUGCUUAUGUCGAUUGGGCCAUUAGUACAAGUCGUGUAAAGCACGCGUUUUUCUCAGAACGUGUCGAUAAAACUAUGAUUCAGGAAUUGCACCAUUGGCUCGAUUUGGAAGGAAGAAAAAUGGAUGCAUCUACCUUGGAUAAGAUGGAUAAGGAGGUUCUAUGUUGCCUAGUUGAAUGGGACACUUUCCUGAUAAAAACGUUGUAA